UCAGCCGAGUCGAGAACUGAGCAAAAAAAAGUUCCCAAAAGCGGAAGAAAUUGUUGGAAAAUAAUUGUUUUUGGUUGAAUUUUGUGUUUAAUUGUUUGUUUAUUGAAAAUGCAGUACAUGUCCGAUGAAUACUUUCGUAAAUCUGUGAAUGUUCGCAUAUUGGGGCGUAGUCCGCCCUAUUAUCCGGGCAGAGUGUCUGAACACUCUGUCCCUCCCGUGGAUGAGUUUGUGAGGCGUGCAGAAUCCAUGACCCGACGCUACGGGGAUAAUUACUUGGAUGGUCGACGGGACAUCAAUUCUCCGCCGCCGCCGGUGCCACCACCGGAGCCGCAAAAUGCUGAUUGGCUGCCGAGUCCACGUCGCAACGCAUUUCCUUUGCGUCCUCUUGACGAUGCUCAACCCAAUGAGCGUGUUGAUCUACCACUCGGUGAUUACUCAAAGGAGGACACAAGCUUCAUGGACGAAUUAUAUGCAACGCUGACAGAAGGCCGAGGCGAUCACGGCUCUAACUUUGCUACACGCCGUAAUGACUCGCCCAUUGCCACACGCCGUACAGAAUCACCCAUUGCCACACGUCGUAAUGGUUCACCCAUUGCCACACGCCGUAAUCAAUCACCCAUUGCCACACGCCGCAAUGGACCAACUAUUGAUCUUGCAUCGUAUAUGAACAUAUUCAGUGAAAACCUGCCAGGUGGCCGUGCAGACAAAUCUCCUACUGAUGCACGUCGCAGUGGAUCCUGGAAUCUUCUAGAGCGCAUCGGUUCCCCUGUUGCUCGAGGUCGCAGUGGAUCCCGAUCCCCUACUGUUACACAAUGUGACUAUGCCAAUGCCUUCAGGCAGAACCUACCUGAUGGUCCUGCACCCAUGGAACGCAACAUGGACUCCAUGAAUCCAAUGGAUCCACACUUUCGCACCCAAACAUCGAAUCAAGGCCGUCGUCUCUUAAACGCCGAACCCUGGUCCGACUAUGAUGAAAAUUACGAUGCCAAUCGCAGCUAUAUGGAAUUCAAUGGGGAUCGCAGAUCCCAAAACCACUCCCUAAAUUCUGAAUAUGGGAAUCGCAGCUUCGAGAACUUCGAUGCCAAUCGCAGCAGCUAUAAUUUCGAUGCCAAUCGCAGCUUCGACAAUUACAAUGCCCACCGCAGCUUGGAGAAUUUCGAUACCAGCCUGCGAAGCUUCGAUGGCAAUCGCAGUUCCUUUUACUCAACUGAUUACCUUGGUGGCAACGAUUCUGGAUUUAUAAACGAGCGUUCAGGCUAUGGAGCUAUUGAACGUCGUAACUUUGGCAACUUUGGCAACUUUGACGGCUCAAAAGAUGGUCUCAAUCAAGGCUACACUCAUCGUGGAAUCAAUUCGCUGCUAACUUUACCUCUGACAUUGGGCAGCAAGCGCAUGGCAGAUGAAUUUGAGCUGGAGGAUCGCUGGGCAGAGAAGCGCUCAUGUCUUGAAGAGACACCUGCCUUCUUUCGUGUUGGUGGCUACAAAUUGAAGUAUGCAAGCCAUAAUCCAGGCCUUAUGCUGCCCCAGACGGAAGAAUUAUCUCACGCUGUGCGUUUCUUCAAGAAGUAUCCCGUCUAUCGCAUUCGCUCGAGUAAUUCCCAGGUUCCAACCUCAUUGCAGUGCAACUUCAUCGAAGCCAAGGAUAUGGCGGAUGGCGGCCCAGAGAUUCGCCACACCAUAUCCGAGGAGUGGAAGACGGUUUAUCGCGAGAAGGGCUACCGCUCGUGGGGCAGUUGGUGGAGCGACUUUCGGGAUUGCGGUGCUGCCAUACGCCAGGAGCUGGAUCGUUUCGAUGGCUUCGAUGUGAAGAAGAACUUUCAGCCGCCCGAAGGCCCUAUCGAUUCGGAGGAAUACCUUUCCUUGGCCAUCUCUGCUUUGAAGCAGAACAACAUCACGUAUCUGAAGAACAUGCGAGACAUUUAUCGUCUUGUGGAUUUUAAUGUCUUGGAGAAUCUAACCGCUGACGCGUCUGGGCAUCUGCAGGACAUUAUACGCUUCAUUCCGAAUCAUUUGUGGCGCUACAAGAUGCGCGGCAUGGUGUAUCUGUGGACCUGGUACCAAAAGAUGGCCAACUGCGGGAACACCGACGAUCAGACGCACCAGGCCAUAAUGCCUUUGUGGAACAAUCCGAUUCUCCACUGGCUGGCCAAGCAGGCCUUCGACGAGUUGAUUGCCAUGAGCAAGAUCGAGUAUAAGAAAUUCAAGGAGGAAAUUUCCCAUGGUCUACCCAAGCAAAUCAACGAUCCCAACCAAGAGGAGCAGGCCUGCUGAAUGAAUCUCUCAUUGUUUCAACUCUGUUUUAUCCAUUUAAUCAAAUAUAAUUUAACCAAUCAAAGAAGCUUUAUCGCUUUAGUUUUUCGUACGAGCAGAGCCAUAAUUUUAGCUCAAUUUAUUCACCUGCUUCAGCUGCACAAAGUUGUUUAAUUUGUUAUCCCCAAA